AUGAGCACGAGUAUUCUUCCCAAGGCAGCACGCCCGGUGCGGCAGCUCUCACCUUCACAAAUAUGCCGUCACCAGCGACUUAAGGGAUGCGCCAGCCGGUCCGUCCCCGCCGUCGCCUACUCGGUCGUAUCUAGGGCUUCCGGUAGACCAUCGUCGAAGCCGCGGACUCAGUCACCUGUUACCCCACCAAGGCAGGUCUAUUUCCACACAACUCGCCGGUUACUCGCCACUCCGCGGGAUCCGUACGGCACCCUAGGUGUCGGCAAGAACGCGGCAGCCUCCGACAUCAAGAAGGCCUACUACGGCCUGGCGAAAAAGUACCACCCAGACACGAACAAGGAUCCAACCGCCAAGGACAAGUUCGCCGAGAUCCAGUCCGCCUACGAAAUAUUGUCAGACCCCAAGAAGAAGGAACAGUUUGACCAGUUUGGCGCCGCCGGGUUCGACCCGGGUGCCGGGCCCAGUCCGGGCGGCGGCCAUCCGUUUGGAGGCGGCCACCCCUUUAGCGGGUUCAGCAGCGCAGGCGGUUUCGGCUCCAACAUCAACUUCGACGACAUCUUCUCGGCGUUUACCGGUGGUGGGGGCUUUGGCGGACGUGCGGGUCGUGGCGGCGGGCCGUUCCAGACGGAGAUUCUCGAGGGUGAAGACGUGGAGGUGCAGGUGACGGUGUCGUUCAUGGAGGCGGCCAAGGGGACGAGCAAGAACAUCACUACGCUACCGCUAGUGACAUGUAAAACUUGUACCGGUACCGGCAUGAAGCAGGGCGCCAAGCGAUCACAGUGCGGGGCUUGCCACGGGACAGGCACCCGCGUGAACCUCGUUGCGGGUGGCUUCCAGAUGGCCAGCUCCUGCUCGGCCUGCGGCGGUACCGGCUCGGCGAUCCCGCGGGGUUCCGAGUGCCGCUCGUGCCAGGGUGACGGCGUGGUCCGCGAGCGCAAGACCAUCACGGUUGACAUCCCCGGCGGCAUCGAGGACGGGAUGCGGCUGCGCGUGAGCGGGGCCGGUGAUGCGCCGCCCACGGGCCGGGCUGGCGAGAACGUCCGCGCCACCAACGGCGAUAUGUACGUCUUCGUCAAGGUGGCGCGCGACCCGCAGUUCAGUCGGCAGGGUUCCGACGUCCUGUACACGGCGACCAUCCCGCUGCCGACGGCCAUUCUGGGCGGUGAGGUCAUCAUUCCGACGCUCGACGGCGAUGCCAAGGUCCGCGUGACCACGGGCACCAGCACGGGCGACAAGAUGACGCUCGUGGGCAAGGGCAUGCCGAAGCUGGACAGCCGGCGCGGGCGGAUGGGCGAUCUCAAGGUGGAGUUCCGCGUCGCCAUGCCCAAGUACCUCUCCAACAACCAGCGGGCACUCGUCGAGAUGCUGGCGGACGAGAUGGGUGACAAGACGGCGAAGCGGAUCAUGAACCUGCACAAGACUCCCUACGACGAAAACGACCCCGAAGCGCACAAAAACGAAGGCUUCCUCAAGUCACUCUGGCACAACCUCACCAACCACCCCGCCCACCAGCAGCAGACCCGACGGCAGCGACGGCAGCGAAAGCACCAAGAAGCCCGGCGACGACAGCAAGGGCAACAAACCCGGGUCGUCCAUAACACGGCACGCACGACGGCCGAUGGCCACGAUGCGAGUCCGUGA